AUGGACAACGUGACCUCUUUCCUGGCCUCGCAGUCACUUUCCGACGCGACGAGAGCUAUCCUUGAUGCUGCCCCGCGGCAAUGGCUUCCCUACGCCCUAGGCAUACUAGUAGGCUAUCCUCUUCUCGCGAGUAGCCUGCGAUACCAGCGACUACGAAAUAUGCACAAAAAGUACCCGUAUGCUACUCGAGAAGACAUGGCCAAUAUGACCGACGACCAUGCAUUCGAGAUCCAGAAAGCCACAGCACAGCUCGAGUUCCCGUUUAUGUUUGUCAAGGCACUACAAUUUGCCUUGUUCAGGACCUACGGCAUCCCAUCAAUCUCCCAUGUCCUCACAAAGACCAGCCAAUUCUCCAACCCGGAAACCUCUCUCAAGCGCUACACCGACACAAGCGCCCUCGUCCAAGAAAUGGUCGCUAACAGCCCAACCUCCCAACGAUCCUACGAGUCCUUUGCCCGCACCCGCUUCCUGCACUCCGGCUACAGAGCCUCUGGUAAAAUCCUCGACGACGACAUGCUCUACACACUCGCCCUGUUCGCCCUCGAACCUAUCCGCUUCAUCAACCGCUACGAGUGGCGCCAGCUCAGUGAGCUGGAGCGCUGUGCGAUCGGCACCUUCUGGAAGAGUGCGGGCGAUGCGUUGGAUAUUACUUAUGAGAAGUUGCCGUCUGGACAGAACGGGUUUAAAGAUGGCAUUCAGUGGUUGGAGGAGAUCGAGGCCUGGAGUGAGAUGUAUGAGGGGAAGUGUAUGGUGGCCGAUGUGAAGAAUCGGGAGACGGCUGAUCAGACUACGGCUAUUUUGCUGUACAUGUUGCCGAAGGCGUUACAUCCCGUUGGAUUGCAGUUUGUUUCGUUUAUGAUGCAGCCGCGGUUGCGCAAGGCGAUGAUCUACGACCCACCUUCUUCUAUCGCGGUCGUCGUCUUUUCAACUCUGCUCACCAUCCGCAAGCUAUUCCUGCGGUAUCUAUCUCUGCCUCGGCCAUAUUUCAUGCGCUCCUCUUCUUUGACCGAUAAACCGGAUGAGAACAACCGAUUCUUCCUCACCCAGUGGGAGGCCGCGCCGUACUAUGUCAAGCCGACAUUCUGGAAUCGCUGGGGUCCCAUCGCAUGGCUUACCCGGAUUCUCGGACGGCCGGUACCUGGUGACGCGGGUGACAAGUAUCAUCCCCAUGGGUACGCUAUUCAAGACGUUGGGCCGAAGUAUUUCGAGGGUAAGGGACGGAAAGCAAUUGAUGAAGCGAUGGAGGAGUAUAAGGGGUAUCGAACUGGGAAGUGCCCAUUCCACUAA